AUGGAGGAAACAGAUGUUAUCAUAGAGGAAGUGAAGAAGCAAAUGCGGCUUGCCGGGCCACUGAUCACCGCCAACUUCCUUAUGUUUCUUCUCCAAGUCAUUUCCGUAAUGGCCGUCGGCCGCCUUGGGGAGCUUGCUCUCUCCGGCGCCGCCAUGGCCAUCUCCUUCGCUGCGGUCACUGGCUUCAGCAUGCUCAUUGGAAUGGGAUGCACAUUGGAAGCCUUAUGCGGCCAGGCUUUUGGAGCAAAACAACACAAUAUGCUUGGCGUUCAUUUGCAGAAAGCCAUGCUUGUUCUCACAAUUUCGUGCAUUCCCGUUGGUUUCUUGUGGUUCUUCACAGAAAAAAUUCUGAUUUUUUUUCAUCAAGAUCCAGAAAUAUCGAAGAAAGCCGGGCUAUAUGCUCGAUGGAUGGUUCCCUCUCUAUUUGCAUAUGGAUUGGCUCAGUGCCAGAUCAGAUUUUUACAAGCACAGAACAUUGUCAUACCAUUGAUGCUGAGCUCAGGAGUUAGUGUUUUGCUCCAUGCCUUGACAAGCUGGACUUUAGUCUAUAAAACAAGUCUUGGCUAUGUAGGUGCAGCUUUAUCUAUUUCGAUCUCUUAUUGGUUCGCUGUAGUUUUGUUGGCAUUAUUCAUCAAGUUUUCUCCGGCAUGCAAAAGUACAUGGACUGGGUUUUCAAAGGAUGCUCUUAAAGGCACCACUAGCUUCGUAAAGCUUGCUAUUCCAUCAGCUGUUAUGAUUUGUUUGGAGUAUUGGUCAUUUGAGGCCGUCGUGAUUCUUUCUGGUCUCCUCGCAAAUCCAAAGGUAGAAACAUCAGCAAUGUCAAUAUGUCUCAACAUUUGCUCCAUGUUGUAUAUGAUCACAUUUGGCCUUGGAGCAGCAAUAAGUACUCGCGUAUCAAACGAAUUAGGAGCUGUGAAUCCUGGCGCUGCAAAAUUAGCUAUUUUCAUUACACUUUUCAUUGCAACUGCUGAAGGUUUGCUUGUAGCAACGACAACAACUUUGUUGAGAAAUAUUUUGGGUCACGCUUUCAGCAAAGAAAAGGAGGUCAUCGACCAUGUGGCUUCUUUGAUGCCAUUUAUCGCAACAGUUCACUUCAUAGAUGCAUAUCAGUGUGUUCUUAAUGGCAUAGUUCGAGGAUGUGGCUGGCAGAAGAAAUGUGUCAUUAUUAAUCUUGGAUCAUAUUAUGUUGUUGGUCUGCCCAUGGCCACAUUAUUGGCCUUCAGACUUGACAUGGGAGGGAAGGGACUUUGGAUAGGAAUAAUUUGUUCUCUCACCGCACAAGUUUUAUUUCUAUCCAUAUUAUGCAUAUGCAAUAACUGGGAGACAGAGGCUUUAUUUUACAUAUCUUUUCUCAUGCUCAACUAG